GGAUAAUCUCGCGCUUUCUCGGACAAAAUGGAACAUUCUAGUUUCUAUUCUGAUGCCAGAGGGUUACAGUUUAUCCUUAAACUCACCUUGGGAGGAAUUAUUAACAAGACUGCAAAGUGCUUUCCCUUUAUUAAGGUGCGGGUCAAGAAUGUCAGAAAGUGAUAUCACUGAAUUGACUGAUAUUUAUAAAGUUUUAAUCAAGAAGAACAGCUCAGUCAGUUUUAUAUCAGAUGAUGUCCGCCAUGAGGUGAUGAGUUACUUCGUGAAGAAUUGUCUAAUAACUGACGAGGACUACGAGAAUUAUAUCAAGUUGUCUUCAGUGGACUCUUUGUUGGAGUACGUACGACCGUGGUGGUAUGAAGAUGAUGAAAUUAACAUAUGCCGCGAAAAAGUUUUGUUCCUACCGGAGAGUUUAGAGGAUUUAUUUAUACAAAGACUUGGAGUAGACAUCCUUCGUCAUGUCAUGGUGGAGUGGAAUGAGUCGACUCAAGAUAGCAUUGAAAAAAUCAGAGAGGCAAUUCAAAAAAAGUUAAAACUUCCAUCUGUUGUGUUUUGUGAGGAAAAUCGGAAUAAAUUCGUGGAAUAUGUGAAGAAAAUUUCAAAAGAAAAACAAGCUUUCAUACAUUCUUUGAAUCUUAACAGUCUUCUCGGAUCGUUUUUAAUUGGAGGAGAAGACUACAGCUCUGAAGUACCUGGAAAUCUUGCCCUAUCUCAGUCAAAAAGGAACAUUUUAGUUUCUAUUCUGAUGUCGGAGAGUUACAGUUUAUCCUUAAAUACACAAUGGGAAGAAAUAUCAAGAAAACUUCAAAGUGCGUUCCCGUUAUUAAAGUGUGAUUCAAGAAUGUUGGAGAGUGAUAUCACUGAAUUGACAGAUAUCUCUAAAGUAUUGAGUAAGGAAAACAACUCAGUCAGAUUUAUAUCAGAUGAUGUCCGCCAUCAGGUAAUGAGUUACUUUGUGAAGAAUUGUCUGAUAACUGAUGAGGACUACGAGAAUUAUAUCAAGUUGUCAUCUGUGGACUCUUUGCUGGAGUACUUACGUCCAUGGUGGUAUAUGGUAGACGAUGUAUUCCAACACCUCAAAAAAUAUUUGUUCUUACCGGAGAGUUUGGAGGAUUUAUUCUUUCAAAGACUUAGAUUAGACGUUCUGCGUCACCCCACGAUAAAUGAUGAGGAAUGUGAUGGCAAGACAAAACUUACAUUCAGAGAAAAAGUGAAAGACAACUUAAACGUACCGGAGGAAAUACUUGACUGGGGAUAUGACGCACGAUGUAGAUACAUAGAUUGUGCUAAAAGGGGAACGAAGACAGUACACAGAGCUCGUGCAAUGAUUGUUGGAUGCGCAGGUGCUGGGAAAACCACACUUCUAAAACGACUUGAAAAGCUGGGAUUAGAGGAAUUACUAAAGGUGCGCUCCACUGUUGGACUUGAGGUUCAUGAAGACAUGUUUGAACUGGAUGAGGACUCCUGUUUAAGAGCAUUAUCAGACAGUACAGACAAAGACGACAAGCAGAUUCUGAGUGUGGUAGAUUUUGGAGGACAGUGUGCCUACUACGCCUGUCAUCAGGUCUAUCUCAGCAGAAGGGCUUUCUAUCUACUGGUGAUAGACAUGUCAAAAUCUUUUACAGAAAAAGUUGACGAAAAUAAAUGUGAGCAACAAGGAACAAUGUUUGCAGACUGGACAUAUGGAGAGUAUGUUUUAUUUUGGCUGAAAUCUAUUCACACGUACUGUGCUGAGGACACAUCAGUCAUUAUUGUAGCUACACACAGUGAAAAUGUUACACAGAAGGAAAAAGACGGAUUUUAUGGACAGCUCUUGGAUUUGCUACCAACAGAUUCGAAUCUUAAGAAACAUUUAAAAUAUGAGAGGUGUUUCUUUGUCAGCUUUCCUUGUGACAAAGGUGAAAAUUUGGAAGUUUUAUCUGAAUUAGAAAACUGCAUAGUUUCUAUUGCCAAAGACAGAAGAUGGAAAGAAAAUAUUCCUAAAGAAUGGUCUAUAAUUGAACUGGCUCUAAUCACAAUGAGAGGUUCAGAAAAAACCGUUUCUAUCGAAGAUCUCAAAGAGAAAUACUGGAAGGCUAAGAAAGAUGAAAGUUUAAAAAUGGAGGAUGCACUAUGCUUUUUCCACGACAUUGGAUUGCUUCUGCACUUUGAGGAGGAGAACCUCUCAAAUACUAUAAUUGUUGACGUCCAGUGGUUUGUUGAUAAAUUUAAAUUCAUCAUAUCAGACAAAAAUCAUGUCCGAGAUUUAGCUGAAACAGACAAAGACUGGCAGUACUUCCACAGGACUGGGUAUCUCAUGGACAAUUUCCUUAGUCGAAUUUGGGAGAGCUUAUCCAUAGACUUUUGGGAAAGGCCGACCAUUUUGCAAUAUAUGCAAAGACUAGGAUUACUGGCGAUGGGGGAAGUAAAACACUACGUCCCAUGUAUGAACAAAAGAGACUUCGGUAGAAAGGAACAGAUAGCCUUACGAGGAAUGGAAACAAAGUCAUCUGUAUUGGUGCUUCAUUUCCAGUUUUUACCGUUCUUCUUUUACUGCCGAUUGAUAGUUGCCUGCAUUGUGGGAACAGAGUGGGAGGUGGUAGAAGAUGAAAGUAUACCAGGCUUGUAUAAAAACAUAGCGAUUUUUGUAUACAAAGACCACCUAAUUGCCUUGGUAGUGACGCAAACUGCAAUUCAAGUCCAGAUUUUGAGACCACAAAACGCACCUAUUGAUGCUAAUAUUGCCGGAAAUAUUAAGGAGACUCUUGAAAAUAGACUUGGAUACUUAACAACCACAUUUCACAAAAAAGUUGCAUAUAGGGUUGCAUUUCAGUGUUCACAUCAAGAUGUUCUUUGCGACAAUGUGGGGUGCUAUGUAUAUGAAGACGAAAUAUCUGGGAAAGGUCAAAUAUUAUGUCCAAGACAUGGAUUUACAGGAAAACAUAUGAUAAACGAAAACGAUCUGACAAAAUUCUGGAGAAUCGACGCGCCAUCUGUUUCCUGUGCUAAAUCUGCAAAAGUUCCAUUGGCAAAUGAGGAGAAGCUUACAAAGCUUAUAACACUGGGAAGAGAUGCAAUGCAGGUGUAUUUUGAUUCCAUUUUUUCACCUCAUGAUUUACAAAAAUGCCUCAAGGACAACAAGGAAUCUCUUUGUAAUGGGCCCUUCAGAUUCACAGCUGUUGAAGUUAGGAUUGUUUAUCCUGCUUCCGGGUCAGUUGUAGAUUCCUCUUCCUUUGAUGUCCCAAUCAUGUACAAAUUAUUGAGAAAUUUUGGAAGCAACAUUCCACCGCCAACUAAUGGUUGGGGAAAAGAGCCGACGAUUGGACAGAAAACACAGGGUGACGACAUUGAAAGAAUCCGCAAGUACAGGAAUCAGCUUUGUCAUAAUCUUUUCAAAACACAAAGCAUGGAUGACGAAGAUUAUACCCUUUACUCUGAAGAACUGACCCAGGCAAUACUGAGACUCACAAAAGGAUCUUUUAAAAGCAGAGUAUACACCAUGUGCCAAUAGAUUACGUACAGAGGUAA